GUUACUUUGAUUACUUUUCUGUACGCCAUCGGCAGGGCUGUUAAUUAGUCCGUCCCUGACUUUGCCUCCCUGCGCAAUCACCCCAGGACGGGCACCUCAUUGACUUUCAUUCUGCCAUCGCCUGCUGUCGUUCAUUCCCUCUAUUCCCUCCCCGCUUCCAACCCGAGUCGCCCGCCCGGCAAAGCCCUGUCCAUCGUUCCUUCCAUUCCUCAUAUCGACUAGGUAGUUCAAUUGGACAAGGCGCUGUAUCGGGACGGAGUAAAUGCUGGUUUUCUUGGUGGAACAGACUUCUGGGAACAGCGAAUCGCUGGCCGUCUGCAUUCCGUCGAUUCGCAUUUAGGGACAAUUCUUAACGCUCCAACCUAGGGGGAGAGCUCGAGGCCAGACCGACUGGUCAGGCCAGCCACUACUACAUCUUGGUCCUGCGAUCAUCCAAGCAUUGUGCACCUCGGAUCACAGAUCAAAUGGGAUCCGCGGAAUCGACUUCGCCACUAUCCAGCAUGUUUGCUUCCGCAUUCCCCCCGCGCCGCCCGUCGGCCUUCCUCCGAUAUCUUAUACCCGCCGCAUUCCUGCUGCUAUGUUUCUACCAGCUAUCCGGCCCGUCGAAGAUAGAGACAUACGUUCCAGGGCACAAACAAGCAGGAGCACAGUCACGAGUUUCCCACCCGAUCGACACUCUCAUCGAAACCGCCGAGACCGAGUUCUCUAACCUGCUAUCCAAGGAGUCGCAGUCGCUCGGCGAAGCAGCCGCAGCCUAUCGCAAACGCCGCGGCCGGCACCCGCCCCCGGGGUUCAAAGAAUGGUACCAGUUUGCCACGGAACAAAACGCCGUGAUGGUUGAAGAUUUCUGGGACCAGAUCUACCACGACCUGGAGCCGUUCUGGGCACUACCCGCUCCUCUCCUCCGCAAGGAGGCCCGGGACUUCGAGAUGACGAUCAAUAUCCGCAACGGCAACGCCACGGCAGGGAGCACCUGGUUCUGGACCAAGAUCUGGCUCAACCUGAUUAAGACUAUCGAGCACCUCGUCCCGGAUAUGGAUAUCGCGCUGAAUGCAAUGGACGAGCCGCGCCUGGUCGUUCCCUGGGAGCAGGUGAACGAGUAUAUGGACACGGCAGCGAAGACCCGGGUGCUGACGGACGCCAAGUCUGUGGUAUCCCAGUUCCAAAAGCUGCCGAAGCUGGGAGAGGAUAGUGAUACGCAGGAAGAGACACGGCAGAAGAACUGGGAGAAAGCGACGCCGUACUGGAAGAUCGCUCGUCGCGGGUGUGCUCCCGACAGCCCAACACGCAAGGCCGGCAUCAUGACCGACUUUGACCACGUCCCACUCAUCGAUUCGACGCUAGCCAGUUCGCACAUGCAGAACGGAUACGUCUCAAACUAUACAAAGUCAACCGAAUUCUGCCACCAGCCCGACCUCCAGGGCCUUAACGGUAUAUUCGUCGAGCCGCUCUCUACCAAGGCAACAAAGGUUCUCUUCCCCAUGUUCGGCGGCAGCAAGCUGGCCGUGAACAACGAGAUCCUGCUCCCGGCGCCCAUGUACUGGAACGAAGAAGAGCGCUUUACCGGCGGUGAGUUCCACGGCGAUCCGUGGGACGAGAAGAAAGACGGGGCCGUCUGGCGCGGGGUGGCUACAGGCGGCAGGAAUCGUGAGACCAACUGGCGUGCCUUCCAACGGCACCGGUUCGUUGCCAUGAACAACGGUACGACGCUAGCCAGUGCCGAGCAGUGGACCGAAGUUCCCACGAACUUUGCUCUGCCAGACAGCGCGUACGGGCUCAAGUCACAGGAGAAGGGUCGGCUAGGCGAGUGGGUCGACACUUGGGCGAACGUCAGCUUUGUCGACCUGAUGUGCACCCCGAAGCACGAUGAUCUCUCCUGCCCCUACACGGACAAGUACUUCGCGGUCGGCAAGGGCCUGAAGAUGAAGACACAGUUCGCCUACAAGUACCUGCCCGACAUCGACGGCAACAGCUUUAGCGGGCGCUACCUGGGCUUCCUACGCAGCACCAGCCUGCCCAUCAAGGCGACCCUCUGGCGCGAAUGGCACGACAGCCGACUGGUGGCGUGGAAGCACUUCGUGCCCAUGGACAACCGCUACAGCGAGUGGUACGGCAUCAUGGAGUACUUCCUCGGCUACGGCGACGAGGCCCCCGCCCACGACGCCGCCGCCGAGCGGAUCGCCUCGGCCGGGAAGGACUGGGCCGAGAAGGUCCUGAGGAAGGAGGACAUGCAGGUCUAUGUCCUGCGGCUCCUGCUGGAGUAUGCGCGCAUCUCGGAUGAGAGGCGCGAGAGCAUGGGCUGGGUUGAGGAUCUGAUGCAAUCGCACCGGGGACAGUAAUGGGGCUCGUUUCCUCCCUCGGACGGCGGCCAGGAUCAGAACCCUCAAGUAUGUGGGACUGCCUGCUCUGUCUAGGCCUGUACGAAUACCAGGUGGAGGCGGUGGGAUGGAAAUAUUUGGCACUGGAGUUGUCGGCGUUGACAUUUGACGGCAUUUUGCUGACGCUUCUGAACUUAUUUGUCUUUCUAAUUAAUGGCAAAUGCACCGAACCAAACACACUAACACACACAUGUACCCACUCACGCACAUUCGGCGUAUCUUUUUUCUUGGGAUAUCUUUUUUGAGGAUGUGUAGAUAUCACAUGGCCGGCUCUUGGCUUUGGCGGAAGCAGGGAACGGGAGGGAAGGUGUCACGAAAGGAGAUGGAUGUGCCCUUGGCGCGGUUAGUUGGCACACAUAACUGUCACCUGCCUUGCGCAGCUUAAACUACCUACCUAAGUAACCAAUUAAUCAUGCUAAUUCUCACUCGGAA